GUCUGGUGGCUCUUAAAAUCAGACCGCACCUUGAUGUAUUGCUAGAACUGCUUUCUACAUCUGGAAGAGAAUACUCCAACAACUAUGGAAAGAGCAGCAGCCAUUUCAUUCUCUCUGUCCAUCCUCACAGGUCUGUAUGCCGGAGAGGGUGUGUUACCUCAAGGACCUGUGAAUGGAGCAGUAGGACGGACUGUGAUGUUCAUCACAAAUCUAAGCCCACCACCCCAGCCAUUCAUAACAAUAUCCUGGAGUUUUAAUGGGGAAAAUAUUAUAAACUCUACCAGUGACUCUACAGGGCCAGGAUACAGAGAGAGGAUCACUCUGAACAGGACUACCGGAUCUCUGGAGCUCAGGAAUUUGACCCUGGCUGACAGUGGACAGUACAUAGUUGCAAUAGUGAAAGCUACAACAGAGACGAUCAUCCAAUCGACUGAACUAGUCGUCUAUGAGCCUGUAUCUAAUGCCAGCAUCACAGGGCCAGCAGAGCAUCUGUUUGCGAAUGAAAGCUCUGCCAACCUAACCUGUGAGGGAGCUGGUCACAUCACUCUUAGACAAUGGAUGAAGGAUGGUCAGCCUCUGCCUCCUGGGGACAAUCUAUUCUUCUCUGAGGAUAACAGAACAGUAUCUAUCAGUCCUGUGAUGAGACAUGAUGCAGGGGAAUACAAGUGUUACCUUGCAAACCCUGCUAGCUUUGCUAAUGCGUCCCAUAUUGUGAUAGUAAACUAUGGACCGGACUCUAUGACCAUCCUCAGCCCAGACACUGCUGAAGUAGAAACAUUUACUCUGCUUUACUGCUCAGUUGUGUCUGUACCACCAGCUAGGUUCACCUGGUUGUUCAAUGGGCAACAGACAAGCGUACAUGAAGCUGGAUACGUCAUAACGAGCAUCAGUUACAACAACAGUGGGGACUACAGGUGUGUUGCUAUGAAUGAUCUCACCAGAAGAAACGUCUCUGGGGACCAUCAUCUGUCAGUGAAAGAUAAAUCUGCUAUACCGCUAAGCCCAGAGGCAGCAGCAGGUAUAGCGGUCACAGUGACGUUGGUGGUUGUUACUGUGGGUCUUGGUCUCUAUUUCGGCAUAAAUCAUAAUCGGAACAAGACCAUAAAACCAACAGAGAAUGAUUCUGAUGUGUAUGAGACUGUACGUCCUACGCUGCCAAGACCAAGAGUAAAUCUUCCUCCUGGACCGACCAACACUGACUCUGCCUCAACCAUGUACAAUACUAGUAUAAACUGGUGAGUAAACAUUUCAUGGAAUCCUGAAUACGUACCUUUUAUUAUACUAAUAUUGUUUUAUAUUUUAAUAAUUCUCCAUCUCUUUCUCUCUCUCCCUCGCUCAGAGAUUAAUUGAUCUCAACUACAGUUCUUCAGUUAGCUCAGGACUUUAAACCAUUAUCACAUAAACACCCACAAUAACCUCUAUAAACCUUUCCUGUAUGACAAGUCAAAAAGACCAGACGUCACAGUUAUGCCUCCAACCCUGAACCACAUAAUUGAACUGACGUAAUUCAUUUUAAGAGGAAGGUCGGGUGGUCGUGUGGUUCUGCUUGCUAACUGCUCAGAUCUUAUAUGCCAUCCUGUACAAAGAUUACUGUAGAAGUUCCUACUCUUGGAAACACCUAGUUAUGUUAGCUGAUGACAGAGCUCUGGGAAACCUACACUAGGAUGGGGAGGACUUGUGUGAGGUCAGCUGUAGUGAGAGUUAGGAAGAAGAGUAUAUAAGCAAAAUUAUAUUCAUACAGAAAAUACAAUAAAAUAAAGCAACAAUAUACAUAACUGUUUUUGCCUUAACUCACCGUACAUAAUUAUAUUAAAACCUUUUAGAGUGAUUGGACAUAAUCCUACUAUGAGGUUCCGUGUCUGCCUGUUCUGUUGUUUUAUUUUCGUGCUUUCUACUUCUAUGUCAUUUGGUUUCUGUUUUUUAUUUUGCAUUGUUUGAACAUAGCUUGUGUCUUUUGUUAUUAGCCCCACCUGUGUCACACACCUCUUCCCAAUUAGCCUUCCUUACUUAAUCUGUUCAGUUCUGUUCCCUCAUUGUGAGGUUUUGCUGUUUGUAACUUGUCAGUCAGCAUACUAAACCUGCCUCGAUUUUUAAGUUUAAUCUUCAUAGUAUACCAACUAGGUAACCCUAUUUGACUACCUGCCUGCCUAGUAUUUCGAUACCUUUGCCUGCAUGUAUUGGAUUACUUUGUUUUGACAAUUUGCCUGCCUGAACACGAUUCCUGCCUGAACCCUAAAUCACCCUGUCGCUCUGCGGCUGCAAACAAAGCCCUUCUGCCUGUGCAGUUUUUUGGGACAUUUUAUGUGUAAUAUUUGUGGAGUUAGUUUAAUCUGCUGUAGAAUAUUUUUCAGCAUUUACUGAUAACACCAGGAAUUAUUAUGACAAAUAUUUGCCCCCUGUCUAUGUGUUGGCAUUGUUGCAAAUGUGUCAUAUUGAAUGUGGUCAGUUAUAGUUGUUGAUUACACAACCUUGUUUCCAAAAAUGUUGGGACACUGCAUAUAAUGUAAAUAUUCAAUCAGUCAAUCAAAUUUAUUUAUAA